AUUCAACUCUCAUCAUCCUGUGCGAAUUACUAAACCUACAAGAGUACAAAAGUGCUCCUCGUUAAAGUACUCGCUCUCAUUCAACGACUCAUAUGUCGCUCUUAACUCCUACUGAGGCUCAUGCCUUUCAGAAAUUCCUUUCAUCGCUCGACACUACCGACUUUUCAGCAGCAUGGAAUGUGGAGCUAGAAGUCUCGCAUGAGCAUAUGCCUCCAGCACACGGCAGAGAGGCGUUGGCUCAAGCAACCAAAGACCUCAUGUCACUGGAUACGGAUAAAUGGCGGUAUCCACUCACUCGCAUUCCUUCAUCUCGUGAGUUUCCGUCGGAACCACCGGUUCACCGUCAUUCCCAGUCACAGUCAAACUCCUUGUCAUUUCUCUACUCCACCCGUCGAGAACGACGUGUAGAGAGCAAUGACCCCACCACAGGCCAUUCCCAGCUACUGUCCCGCAAUCGUGUACACAUACCCCCUCUCCAACGAACCGCGGAUCCUGCAUCAGUCUCUACCAGAACUAGAGCAAGAACGUUCACUUUCGAUAAUGCAUCAUCCUCAUCAUCCAGUCAGUCUCCCGUUGAUCCGUCUUCCUCAGCUUCAUCCUUCUCCACGCACCAUACCACUCCUACACCGGUCUCGUCAAAUAAACGAUCUCCGCCACUGGAUCAUAAUGUUUCCAAUAAACGGCGGCGACAGUCAUCAAUUACUUCGCAACAAUUUGCGAGUGACUCCGGUAGAGCGUCAACGCUUCUAUCACCCUCGCAGAAAAAAGCAAAUCAUAUACAAUCGGAGCAGAAGCGCAGAGCUAAUAUAAGAAGGGGUUACGAGGCUUUGUGCGACAUCGUUCCCUCUCUACGGGAAGCCAUGUUGGCUGAGGCAAUGGAAGAAGAAGCAGCCGCGAACGGGAAGAAAGCUGGCAGACGACGGUGUAAAGCAAAGUCAACAAAUGACGACGGUGAGAAGGCCGACGGCAGGGCCGGUCCAAAAAGCGAACAUGUCGUGCUCUCAAAGACUAUCGAUUACGUUACAGAGCUUUUGUCACAGCAUGCAGUCUUCAAGCAGCGUCUGAUGGUGGCGAGAAGUGCCCUCCCCGUUGAUCAUCCAUUAUUACGGCGUCAUCCAGACUCUCCACCCCCACUAUGGGAACGGAAGUGGACUGGUGGCGAAGCAAAAGAUGGUGAGGAGGAGGACGAGGAGGAGGAAUAGUAACUUAAAAUAAAUGUCACUGGACGCCUCAUAUUAUUUAUGGGUCAAAGUUUGUUGUCUUGCAACUUGGGUCCGUUGGACGCUUAUUAUAUCAGACUCGCUUCAUUAUGUAUAAUACAUGACCUGUAAUUCGCUGUAUGCAAGCGUCUGCAAAAUCUUGCAGAAGCGAGGCAAACUUUGUUUGUCUUGAUUAGGCGCG